AUGGCCAGUAUUCGUUCCCAGUGUGUUGAGAUGGCAUUGGGGACGCCGGGGAGCGCCGCGAAGGUUCGACGCCGCUUGGACUUCGUGAAGAAACCGCUAGAGGGCGAAUCUCUGUACUUGGACUUGCCCGGGUUCAGAAAUGCCAAGGAGUUGGAGGGUGACCUCAAGUUUCUGGGCGCCCGUAUAGAGACGUUUCUCAGCAGAGACAUUUCCUACGUCGUGACGAACCGUAAGGAGGCCCUGGCGUCACGACCUGCCAGCGGGGGCGGGGCCAGCCCCAGCCCUACGUACCUCAGUCCCAGUCCAAGUCCAAGCCCAGGAGUGGAGGAGGGAACUCAGGGGAGAAGAGCCUCCACCAGCGUUCCACUGACUAGGGGACAGGCUCUCCUACAGAAAGCCCAGGGUCGCGGUCGGCGCGGGAGUUGCAACAUGUUGGGCCUGGCGCAGGAGUGGGGAGUCAAGGUCCUGUACGUGCGCGACGUCAUGGCCAGGGUGCAGCGUCUCAUGGAGAAGUACCGCCUCCUAGCGGAGAGCGAGGAAAACGCAGCUUGUCCCGCUGAGGAAAACGCAGACGCCAAGCCAAAACGCCUGAAGCCGCCUUUUAUCAAAGUGGAGGACAUGUCCAGGCUUUACAGACCUCUCCAUCACGAGUUCACAACGUUCCCCCGGGUCUACUUCGACGCCGACGCCGACUGUCCCUUCGACGCCCCUGUCCGCCGCCUGCCGUCCCGUCCGAGUUGUUCCCUCAAGCUAAAGCCUCAAACCCCGGUCACCGCCACAAAACCGGACGUCCAGAAGGGUUACUGCGAAUGCUGCGAGGUCUACUAUCAGGAGGGCUUAACCCUGCAUCUGAAGGGGGACAAGCACAAGUCUUUCGUUCGAGACAGCGGCAACUUUGUCAAACUGGACUCCCUACUCGCAACCUUACCUUCCUUGGGUGACUUCUUCAAGAAAGUUGCGGCGGAAAAUCCACCGAAGGAGGACGACACGGCUCUGCAAGAAGCACAGGUGUCGACCAGUCCAGCUGUGGGGGAAGAAAUCGCAGAGAAACGACGGUCCGGUACGGAAGGCAGUGAUGACGUGUUUCUACUGUCCUCUAUCGGGGAGGGAAGGGCGCAUGCGCAAGACGGUCAACAGUUGACACACCAGAUAACAAACCGGAAAGCGGAACAUCACAACAACAAAGGAGCGAAUAACAGUACAUUCAAUGUGCUUAACAAACCAGCAUUGAAGACAAGGCGACAAGAUAAAGACUUGAAUAAAGAGCAAAGGGUUCCGGUUGUUGUUCUAUCUCCAAUGCCCGAUGUUACGUCCGUUAGAACAACACAAGGGAGCAAUUCAACAUUCGCAGACGUGAGAAAGGGAAGUUACCCGAAACGACGGACAAGUACAAGUAUCAAGAACGAAACGAAAGGCGACGCCGCAAAAGAGCAUCAUGGCGUUUCGACUGACAAAUUUGAAUGCAAGGAGGAUGAUGAGGACUCGCGUGAUACGACAGAGGCUGUUGCCGCCAUCUCUUCCUCCUCGUUUUCCAUUGAUGCUUCUUCCUCAGAACCACCCUCCUCCCCAUCCUCAUCCUCUGUACGUUCCUCUUGCAACGGUCCAUCCUCAGCAUCCACUGAAAGUUCAUCCCCUCAUUCCGUUUUUGAGAGCAAGAACAGCACUUCGGCAGCGAUCGACAAAGACUCGCGAGAAACAGAGGUGCGAGAUCAGCGGCAAUCAGUAGCAGGUCGUGGUAGGGCGGAUAACAGACGCAAAAACAUCGCGGACGUCCACCAAACAAGGUCUAAAAACCUUGCGGAAAGAAGUUCCAGUGAAUCCGAAGACUCUUCGUCGGAUUCACAUUCUUCUUCUUCGUCGUCAACGGAUUCGUUUCCACCUCAGCGGCGCCAAAGACGGGCAGGUUCCGCGGUCCUUCAGAGUACGUCGUCAUCGUCGGGCCAAGAAAAAUGCCCCAGCUCACCACAACUUAACAUUCCGACCAUGAAAGGCAACAGCAAAGUCUUUGGCAGUACCGGUGACGUCAUGACGGGAUGUUGUAAUCCUGGUGAUGCUGCAAGGCAAGAGCGCCAUCUAGCAACGGCAGUUUGUACUGCAGGAUGGGCUGUUGUUGCACAGUCGAAUGACUUGACCCUCCGCUUAUGCACGGCGAAAGCAGGCGAUACAAACGAAUUUGCAUCGCCUCCUGGUCCAGAAUGGUCAGUGGUAGAACGAUCGGGAAAUCUCAGACUCAAGUUGCAGAGAAGUUCUUGCCGAGCGAAAACACCAAAGAGCAGUCACCGAGCCAGUGAGAUGAGUUGGUGCGUACACAGAUCGGGCGACUGUAAACUAACCUUCUCGGGGUCCCUCAGAAAACAGCAGAGAAGACCGGAGUUAGAUAGUCCUCACUCAGAAAAGAACUUUGGUAGCAGAAGGAAACUUAAGUAUCUCUGAGAUCACAAUCUUAGCGAUAAAGUAUAGAGCAGUAAGUGGUACCAGAUUUUAACGAUGUUUAUGAAACGAUUGUAAUGUUCGCCUUGCGAGCAGACCCUUGAUUAUGAUGGUUAACUAUCAAUAAA